AUGUACAUGGGGCGUAUACUUCUUGUGUGCUUACUGGGAUACACAGUCUCCGUUGAGGCGGCAAAAUGUAAGGCAGCUCCCAAAUCUGUCCAGAAUGUACACAUCUGCUGUUCAGCUCCCAUGCCCAACUGGGGAGUUUACAAUCGAGAAUGUGCCGCGUCAGGAUCGCAGGCUAGUUGUCGACUUUCCUGCAUUUUCAAUGUGAGCUCAGCUCUGCAGGGAACCUCCCUGAUUCAUGCCAAAAUUCGACCCAUGUUGGAACGAGCUUUCACCAGCGAUGUAACCAUUGACAUAUACGAGUCAAACUUCGCCAAAUGCUCGGCGGUGGUCAGGAGCAAGUACCAGGAACUGGGCCAAGUAAGUCGACAGAGUAAUGCCUGCGAUAGACACGCCCUCUUCUACAGCCUCUGCGCCUACGCCCGCUUGAUAUUCACCUGCCCAGAGAAAAUGUGGCAGCGCAGUAAUCGAAUGUGCCAGGAGGCUAAAUCGUAUGCCAAAAACUGCCCCUGGCCAGCUCUAAAAAUGUUCAUGAGAAAUACCUAG